UACACAUUUCGUUAAAUACAAAACUAAAUCACCGUCUCCGUCCGUAGAAAGAUUAGUGAUCGCUCUUUAUAAAUUUAAAUUGUGACACGUGACGUAUAGGGGAAUCGUAUAGUUCUGUCAGCGGCUAAACAAAAGCAAUGUACUCGUGGCAGAAAAAGGAGAAGGAAAUCAGCAAGCCAUCCACGUGUCGUAGGGUGGAUUUCGGACGACAGACGUGGGAUAAUUAGAAUUCACUAACGACGAGAAGUUUCGAGCCGUGGUACGAGAAACUUCCUGUCCCCGUUUCUUUGGCUGGCCGACUCUUCUUUGUAGAUAAAACCACCUGUCGACCCAUCCCCGGUUCCGGCCACACCGUAACGACUAUUACGAAUCAAUUUUAGCCCUUAACAUCGAAAGUACCCUGCAAUAUCACUCUCCUACAACUAGAAGAGAAGAAAAAGGCUGCCACCCGUCCCGUACCGAUCACCAUCUUUCGAAUGUAUCCUGGUAGUAUUUUUUUUUACCUGACACAACUUGCAGACGUCGAUGUUUGGUGAACUGCGAAGUAGGGGUGAGGAGAGGGGUAUAAACAAGGCCACCCAGUGACGUGAACGUUCCGUCCACGCAUGUACAUCCGCCGCUCUCCGGCACCUGUGACUGACUGAUUCAACAACGGCUGGCUGUGCGGACCAUCCCUCUCCCCGGAUAUCUCUCGCGAACUGUGAUAUCCCGCUGUGUCCUACGGACGAACCACACCGGGGUAAUGGUGGGCCAGUACUGCACGGAUACAGACGCGGUGACGUGUCGGAGUCUGCAUUCUCGAACCAUCUAUGUGCACCCGGUGUUGUUAACACUAACACCGUCCAACUGGUGCAGUAUGCCGGAGCCUUUACGGUACGGUCGGGGAUAGUUGAUCAUUCCCUCGUCCGUCCGACAUCGUGCGUUAUGGAUCAGCAAGUUCGUGAUUUUCUGACCCACUGUUCGGCUGCAGAUACUCCUACUCCUUCUGGACACCCCCAACCGUCGACCAGCUGUCUCGGCAACCGAAUCCUGUCCAGGAAUGCCAAUGGCACAAUAGCCAUGACAUCUCAGCCUACCAACGAAUCCGAGUUGCAACUUUAUAGAGUACUUCAGAGAGCGAAUCUUCUUUCCUAUUAUGAUACUUUUAUCUGUCAAGGUGGUGACGAUGUUCAGCAACUUUGUGAAGCUGGGGAAGAGGAAUUUCUGGAAAUCAUGGCACUUGUCGGAAUGGCCAGUAAACCUCUGCACGUUCGUCGGUUGCAGAAAGCCUUACAAGAAUGGGUCAAUAACCCAGCAAUGUUUCAAACGCCGCUGGUCCCAGCCGUACCUCCAACACAUCCGAACUAUCCCGUUAACCAUAUGUCCAGCAGGCCCAGUUCGGUGACCCAAUCUCCUUUAUCCAUGAGGCCAAGUCCACCCAUGCCUAUGGUAUCCAACAAUAGCCAAUCAUCUCCAUCGCCCGGUUCUAAAGAUGUGCCAUCCCCAUCUCAAAUUCAUCAACAACGCGAACACCAACUUCCCCACUUACAACAGCUCCUCUGUACUUGUAAUAAUCACGAAACUCAUAGAUUUGAUCAAUUUCUUAUGAGAUGGCUAUUUGACUUUAAUGCCAAUGACAUAGCCAUGACAUCUCAGCCUACCAACGAAUCCGAGUUGCAACUUUAUAGAGUACUUCAGAGAGCGAAUCUUCUUUCCUAUUAUGAUACUUUUAUCUGUCAAGGUGGUGACGAUGUUCAGCAACUUUGUGAAGCUGGGGAAGAGGAAUUUCUGGAAAUCAUGGCACUUGUCGGAAUGGCCAGUAAACCUCUGCACGUUCGUCGGUUGCAGAAAGCCUUACAAGAAUGGGUCAAUAACCCAGUCGAUGAUAGAUUGAAACCGAAAGGAGAAAGUGAAGGAAAACGAAUUAAAGAAAGUAUUGUCAAAACAAUGUUUCAAACGCCGCUGGUCCCAGCCGUACCUCCAACACAUCCGAACUAUCCCGUUAACCAUAUGUCCAGCAGGCCCAGUUCGGUGACCCAAUCUCCUUUAUCCAUGAGGCCAAGUCCACCCAUGCCUAUGGUAUCCAACAAUAGCCAAUCAUCUCCAUCGCCCGGUUCUAAAGAUGUGCCAUCCCCAUCUCAAAUUCAUCAACAACGCGAACACCAACUUCCCCACUUACAACAGGAAUUUUGGUUUUAUAAAAUAGGCAAAAGUAAUAUAUUUAAUAAUCAGACAUAUAAUUUAAUAAAAUGUUAUUUUAAUUUUAGAUCUCAAUGUUAUACCAAAACUUGUGAUGAAGAGCUAUGCAAAAGAGCCCGUUUAGAUCCAAAUCUGGCACAUGAUAAGUCACAUGUGGAAGAAGUUAAAAAAAGAAGACAGGAGAGAAUAGAAGCUAUUGGAGAACAACUAAAGUCCUUGGGAACACAGCAGGAAGAAUUAAAGACAUGUUUACAACAGGCUAGAGAAGUACAGAAUUUUAAUGCAGUUAAUCAGAUUCAAACACAAUUGGAACAAGUAGCAACUCAACAAAUGCAAUUAAUCAGUGAACAAAGUGAAAUUAAUAAACAGUUGAGAAGAAUAGACAGGUAUUUCUUGGGAAAAAAUUAUAAUGUUCGUUCGUCUUGUUCAGAAGCUGAAAAAAUUGAUACUGAUGAUACAGAUUCACAAUUUUCAAUCUAUAGUAAUGCAUCGUCUCCUACUUUAAGUCAUGAUGCUCAUGAUUCUCCUUCUAGAGAUUCUAAUCAGUCAUCACAGGCUUCUGAUAUGUACAAUACAAUGAAAAUGGUGUCAGGUAAGAAAGCCAAUUCACAGAUUACAAAGCAGUUAGUACAAGAAACUUUAAUGGAUGAAGGCCUUCGUGUAGUAAAAGAGCUGGCCAGUCAGAUUAGAGAAGAUACUGAAAUACCCAUCCCCAUAUCUAAACCAGAAGGUCGCCCUCGUGGUCGUCCACCAAGAUUAGAACGGGAUUAUCUUGUUUCUACAGCAGGAGCAACUGGUGGAAUACCAAUAACUUCUCUAUCAACAGCUAUUAGUCUAACAUCUAGUACCAGUCCAUUGGCAUCUGCUCAAAAUGGCCAUUGUCUCAUUACCAUGAAUGGUCCUUCAGAUAAUUACAGUGCCUCACGCCCGAAUGGUAUGAUGUUAAAUAACAGUGGCCUUCAUAACAGCAAUGAUGCAAAUGAUAAAACUGAUAGUUCGGAGAUUGGGAAAUCACCAGAAAACAGUUUAAAUGCAUUGCUUGCUCUUUCACAAAAAGGUGUAAAACAGGAACCACCUUCUCCAAAUAGUACUGGAAAAAUGGAAUGAUAAAAAUUUAUCAAACAAUUGACUUGUGAAUAAAAAUGUGCUGUGGUGCUGUUAUAUUUAAUACUGCUCAUAUAGUCAGCUGUUCUCAUUUUUGACCACAAAUUUAACAUGUGUACAGACUAUUUUCAUGUGCCUAUGCCAAUUUUCACUUGGCAUGUGCAACCAAACAUUGCUGAACUAGAUUGGUUAUUCCAGAAUCACAACUGUCCUUAUUUUGAAUUUUUGUGAAAUACACAUGAGGUAUUAUGUCAAACAUAAUCCCUCAACACUCAUUGCAUUGUGGUAAGUGUGCAAUAAUGGAGUUUGGUACAGCUCCUUCAGACUUGUGGUGAAACCACACCAAUUGGCCUUGCCAAGUGUUUGAAACAUAGUCAUAAUGCAUUGAAAUGGAAUUGUCUGUGAUUUGUCAUCAUUUCGGCUGUGAUUUACUGUGAUGGUUGUUACAACUACACAGUGGCCAGUAAUGCAAAGAUUGUAGUACUCUAAGAGAGUCAUGCUUGUUCAGCACGUUCAGAAUGUGCAUUGUAAACAAAAGCUUAAUGUAAUCUUCAUAUGUGAUCACUUCACAUUGGGUAGUUCAUCAUCAUCAUAUUUUAGAAUAACUGGAUGUCAAAUGCAAUGAACUGCUUUCUGUACAGUGGUUGAUUGCCUCUUUCAUCCAGUGUUCUUUUUCUAGCAGAUAAUGCUAGAUUUUGUGGUGCUGUCCUAGAAAGGAUGUAGUUUUAAGGUGAUUUUUAGGAAAGCAAUAUUAAUGGAUUUUUGGUGUGUAAAGAACGUAAAAUGAAUGGUGUUCACAUACAUGAUAUUAAAAAUGGUAUUAAUUACAAUAAUACAGAGUAAAUUUUAAGAACAUGAAGAAUGAACUGUGGUAUUUUGCAUAAAUGCUAAUCAACUGCUAGUGUUUUUAGCAGUAGAUGCAACUUUCAUAAAUGUUGCCAAAUAUUUUUCACAUUUCAGAAAGGAAUAUAAAAUAAUGUUUUAGAAUCAGGCAGAUUUGAUUAGGAUAUUGAGUGCAACAACUUCCAGCACACAGUGAAGCAUUGUGUAUGAUUAAUCUAAUUUACCAAUGCUAUGAUUGAUGCAGAAUUUAUUAUAAAAUUUAUAUAUGUAAAAAUUGGAAAUGCAGAUAUGGUUAAAUGCUGAGUAUUGAUGACUGUGAUGGAUGUGGAGAUGCCAGAUAUGUCAAAAUGUAUACCACAGUUAAUCUGUUGGUUACUGAGAACAAUCUGGUCAAACUCCAGAUUAUAGUGAAAAUUUUAGCUCUUUGUGAUUGGACCUUUUGUGAUAUAUUGUUCUAAUAGUGUAUUGCCAGAGAAGGAGAACUUCAAAUUGUGAUGUGAUGCAGUAGAUAGUUAGGUACAUACCUUCUGGACUGCCUUUUUUUGGUAUUUUCUUGUCAAUGUCAAAAUAUUGAAACAGUCUAGUAUGUAAACAAUUUAUUUGGAAAUACCAUUGUAAAUUUCAUUUUGUAGACAUGUAAAAAAACAAAAGUGCAAAUCUAAUAUAAAAAGUAUGCUAAAAAUCAAAAUGCCCAGCAUAUUUGCUGAUGUUAAUUUCAGCAGUGUUUGGCAUAAAUUAAAAAUAAGGCAUGUACAAUUUAUUUUUCCUAGGCCUCUCUGAAUAUGUAUCAGAUAUAUCUAAUCUUAGUGUUAAAAUUGGAGCUUGAAAGUGAAGUACAAAUAUUGAUAAAGUACCCUCAAUAUAGUUUAAUUUUUUGACCUGUGCUGGGAACAGGUUACUUUAUUAAUUCUGUAGAAUUCAUUUAAACAUCUUUUUAAAGUUUGUUUUAAUAGAAAAAUAGUAUAGAUGCAGCACAAGAUAUAACAGAAAAUAGUUACAGUUUCUUUUAAGGAAAUAUUAAAACAUGCAGAUUGAGAGGAAAUGACCAAAGAUUUUGUUUGCUAUGAUAGUUAUACAGUAUUGUCUUUUGAUUAGUGUGAAAUAUUUUGAUAGCAAUGAUUGUUAAUUAUUUUUUAAUAUUGUACAAUAUAAACUUUCAAGAGUUUAAGGGGGCAUAAUAUAUGAGGCAAAUCUUGUCUAAGGGUUAUAUUUAUCAUAAUAAACUGCUUAAUGUAUUCUCUGCUGCUGACUGAACAGAAAAAUCUAUUAACUGAAAUUCGGUUUUAAAGAAUCUCAUCUCUAAUUGGAGAAUAUAUUAUAUGUUAAAUAAUAUAUAUAAACAAAGUAUUUUCAAGAUUAAUCAAUAUUAAACUGCCAAAAUAAAGUUGUUCUGAUAUAUAUUUAUUUACUCAUAGGAAGUAAAAUAGUUUUGUACUUUUAUGUAUAUUUAAUUUGUUUUUGUUUUAUGUUUGCUAUAUUUUUUUUAAAGUUUUUCAUUUAUGAAUGUUAUAAGAUAUCAAAACAAUGAGUUUAAUGCUAAAAUUUUGAAUUCUUAAAUAAUUUAAAUUUGUGCUUUAAAUGCAAAAUUCUUUAAAAUUUUAAAUAUUUGAAAUAUAUAUAUAUAUACACACAUUUUUUUCAGUCAAAAUUCAAGUUACUUUAAAUCAUUUUUUGUAUUAAGAAAUUUAUAAAUUGAAAGUUUAAAUUUUCUGUGAAUAUAAAAGAAUACAUUACAUUUAGAUUUACAGUUACAUAGGAAUAGUAUAAAAUUUUAGAUAAACAGUUAAUUAAUUUAUACAACCAGUUCAGGAUUUAGUUCUUACUAUUUUUAUUAAACCAUGAUAUAGUUUUUUUUUACAGUAUGAUACACGAAAUUAGGAAUAUUUACCACUGUUCGUGUUAUUGUCUACCUUCAAGAUUUAAAAUCAAUAUAAAAUGUUAAUUUUUUAAAUGUUGUUUGUUGAAAAAGUCUUCAGCAUUCAGCUAAUACUCUUAUGCAUUAUAAUCUGUUAUUUAUAAAUACACUUAACAAAUAUUUAUAUUUCUUUAAAUAUGCUUGAAAGUUAUUAUUUUCAGACAUUAUGCUUAUUAAUAUUUAUAAGUUUUUCCUUUAAAUUUAGUAGUAUUAUAGUAGUACAUCUGUUGUACUCAGCAGCAGAGUGUUCUGUUUAUGCCUUUUGCCCUAGAAUAAAGUUGUAGUUGUUCUUUGUUUAGUAUAUUUGUUUUUAUGUUUGUGCAUCAAAUCAAGGAUCAAGCCCAAUUCUAUACAAAUAAUAGUGGGCUUUAUCAUAUUGUGAUGUUUUUAAGACCAACCAAGCAGUCCUGAGGCCUUCCAGUUCUUGCCAAAAUGACCAUAUUUGAAUCUGUUGGUGCUGGUUGUUAGAAUUAAAAAAACAAAAAAGAAAAAAAAAAAGAAAAAAUAAUUGUCAUACCCAAAACAGCAGUAGUAAAAUUUCUUAAAUAGUAAUAAUUCUGUGUUUUUGCUGGUGUGAAAUGUGUAUAGCAUCACAGUGAAAUGUUUGAAUUUUGCAUAUAGAAGAAAAAUAGGUGAUAGCAAGGAGAGGGAAAAAGACAGGAAGUAAAUUAUUCAAAAUCAAUAUCUCAUUUAAUACCAUUAUUAAUUAAAUGAUCAUUUUAAAUUAAAUUGUGCACAAAAAUUUAUUUAAAUUGAAAAUAAUUGUCUUUUUCCCUCCAUCUUAUCUUGGAUUACAUUGUGAUGUCAAAAGCAAAUAUAGGUUAGGAAUAAAUUAGAAAAUUAGAUUUCAAUUAUUUGAUGUUGACACAAGAAAACUGUCAAAGAUUGAUAGAUGUCUUAAAUAGUGUGUAUUCUCUCCCUUAUGAUUAUGUACCUAGUCAUAUUCUUUCAACUGCAUGUUAUUUAUCCGUCCUUAGAAGUUCUCUUUGCCUUUUGAAAUUUAUUCAUGUGAUAUCAUCUCGUGGCGAGAUUUGAUUUUUAGUAAGAGAAUCACAGCAAAAAUUGCACCUGUGGUAUUUCUGAAAGCAAUGAUUGUUCUUUCUUGUGUGCAAUGGUGUAAAGGAAAUUAGUGCUGGUAAUUUGUGUACUUAGUUUUUAUAGUUCCUGAAUGUAGCGGUCUUGUUGGGUGUUUUUUGUGAAAAAAUACCUUAUGUACAUUAUUUAAAAAUAUGCCCAUUGAAUGUUAUAAAA